GUUGAUUAGUGUAUCGAGCGGAAGUUUCUUUCGCAUUGGUUUGACAACCAGUCGGGAGUGACACUUGCCGCCUAUCGCUUGGCGGGAAUAUUUAGUUUUUAUUUUUAAUGGCUGUGAGUGUUGUGAUGUGUCAUGUGUUAUAUUCGGCUUAGUUUUUAAUGAUAGUUACAAUAGCUCUUUUUAUAGGAGUUACUUUAAUUACUCUUAUCUUCAAAUAUUUUCUUAAAGACGAUUCCGAGGAAAUUAACGGUGAGAUGGCGGAGCAGGAACAAGUGCGGUGCUCGUCCAGCGAGAGUGACAACUUUGAGAAGAUAGAGACAGAAGAUGUACAGCAGGCGCAAAAUGACGACAACGCGCACUUCGUGGUCGGCGACGAGGACACUGACGGGCAGGACGGGGCUGAUGAUGACGACGGCCCGUCUCACGAGGGCAUGGACUCCUUCCCCAACGCACCACCGCCGAACACCAGGCCAAAGCUCACCUUGGCCCAGCAGCUCGCACUGGCUGAGAAGCGGAGCAAGCUCAGACCUUCUAUGUCACAAGGUACAGUGGUGCACAGUCAACGUUUUCAAGAAAAGGACUUCACUAUAGCGACCCCUGAGGAGUUUGUACGACGUUUUCAAGGCACUAGAGCUAUUAACAAGGUUUUAAUCGCUAACAACGGAAUAGGAGCGGUAAAAUGUAUGAGGUCAAUACGUCGGUGGUCCUACGAGAUGUUCAAGAACGAGAGGGCUGUGCGCUUUGUUGUUAUGGUGACCCCAGAAGAUUUGAAAGCGAAUGCAGAGUAUAUCAAAAUGGCUGACAACUAUGUUCCUGUGCCUGGAGGUUCCAACAACAAUAACUAUGCCAAUGUUGAGCUGAUUGUGGACAUUGCUGUCCGUACACAAGUACAGGCGGUGUGGGCGGGCUGGGGCCACGCGUCCGAGAACCCCAAGCUACCGGAGCUACUGCACAGGGCCGGCGUGGCCUUCAUCGGGCCCCCGGAGAAGGCCAUGUGGGCACUAGGAGAUAAAAUCGCCUCCUCCAUCGUCGCGCAGACAGCAGACAUACCAACACUGCCGUGGAGUGGUAGCGAAUUGAAAGCUGAAUACAACAGCAAAAAGAUCAAGAUAUCGUCUGAGCUCUUCGCCAAGGGCUGCGUGUCCACGCCCGAGAAGGGUCUACAGGCUGCCACUAAAAUCGGGUUCCCGGUGAUGAUCAAGGCGUCGGAAGGCGGCGGCGGUAAGGGCAUCCGUAAGGUGGAGAACGCUGAUGACUUCAGCAACAUGUUCCGACAGGUGCAAGCGGAAGUGCCGGGGUCCCCGAUAUUUGUGAUGAAGCUCGCCAAGUGCGCUCGCCAUCUUGAAGUUCAGCUGUUGGCUGAUCAGUAUGGUAACGCUAUAUCACUGUUCGGUCGUGACUGCUCCAUCCAGCGUCGUCAUCAGAAGAUCAUCGAAGAGGCCCCCGCUGCAAUUGCCAAUCCCGAUGUUUUCAUUGAGAUGGAAAAGGCCGCGGUCCGUCUGGCCAAGAUGGUGGGCUACGUCAGCGCGGGCACGGUGGAGUACCUGUACGACCCGGCGUCGGGCUCCUACUUCUUCCUGGAGCUGAACCCGCGUCUGCAGGUCGAGCACCCCUGCACCGAGAUGGUGGCUGACGUCAACCUGCCAGCUGCGCAGUUGCAGAUCGCUAUGGGCCUGCCGCUGUACAACAUCAAAGACAUCAGGCUUCUGUACGGCGAGUCGCCUUGGGGCCUCACCCAGAUCGACUUCGACGAGCCGCAUCAGCGCCCCUCGCCUUGGGGACACGUCAUCGCCGCCCGCAUCACCUCCGAGAACCCCGACGAAGGUUUCAAGCCGUCUUCGGGUACGGUUCAGGAGCUUAACUUCCGUUCGUCGAAGAACGUGUGGGGUUACUUCAGUGUGGCCGCUUCGGGAGGGCUACACGAGUUCGCCGACUCACAGUUCGGGCAUUGUUUCUCGUGGGGCGAGACCAGAGAGCAGGCUAGAGAGAAUCUCGUAAUCGCGCUGAAGGAGCUGAGCAUCCGAGGCGACUUCCGCACGACGGUGGAAUACCUCAUCACGCUGUUGGAGACGCCAGCAUUCCAAGACAACAACAUCGAUACUAGCUGGCUGGACGCGCUUAUUGCUGAGAGAGCAGGGGUCCAAGGGGAGAAGCCCGACGUGAUGUUGGGCGUGAUCUGCGGGUCCAUCCUGAUCGCGGACAACAUCAUCACCGCCAACUUCCAAGAGUUUAAGAGCGCUUUAGAGAAGGGUCAAAUCCAAGGUUCGGGACAGUUGACGAACACAGUGGACGUGGAGCUGAUCCACAGCGGCACCAAGUACAUUGUGCAGGCCACCAAGUCCGGGCCCACCUCGUACUUCCUCGCUAUGAACAAGAGCUUCAAGGAGUUGGAAGUUCACAAGCUCACUGAUGGAGGUACUCUACUCUCCCUCGACGGGGCGUCCUACACCACCUACUUGAAGGACGAGGUUGACCGCUACCGCAUCGUCAUCGGCAACCAGACUGUGGUGUUUGACAAGGAGCGAGACCCAUCCAAGCUGCGCGCGCCCUCUGCCGGAAAACUUGUCAAUACUUUAGUCGAAGAUGGCGGACAUGUUGAUAAGGGACAACCCUAUGCGGAGAUUGAGGUAAUGAAAAUGGUGAUGACCCUAUCUGCCCCGGAGUCAGGAAAGGUGACGUGGAUACUGCGGUCGGGGGCUGUACUGGAUCAGGGCUCGCUCAUGGGCUCGUUAGAACUGGACGACCCUUCGUUAGUGACGGUGGCGCAGCCGUACAAGGGGCAGUUCCCGGCCGGCGACACGGGGCCCGUCUCAGAGAAGAUGAACUAUGCCCAUAACAAGUAUAAAUACAUCUUGGAGAACACCCUUGCUGGUUACUGCCUCCCCGAUCCAUACAACAUCCCGAGGAUACAAGAACUCGUUGAGAAGUUUAUGCAGAGUUUACGCGACCCCUACCUACCUCUACUAGAGUUGCAGGAGGUGCUGUCUUCGACAUCGGGGCGCAUCCCUAUCUCCGUGGAGAAGAAGGUGCGCAAGUUGAUGGCGACAUACGAGAGGAACAUCACUAGCGUACUCGUCCAGUUCCCCAGCCAGCAGAUCGCCAGCGUUAUCGACCACCACGCCGCAGCAUUACCGAAGCGCGCAGACAGAGAUGUGUUCUUCAUGAGUACGCAAGCUCUCGUCCAACUGGUGCAAAGAUACAGAAACGGUAUCCGAGGCAGAAUGAAGUCUGCAGUUCACGACUUGCUUAAGCAAUACUUCCAAGUCGAAAGUAACUUCCAGUUGGGUUCGUAUGACAAAUGUGUGAUGGCUCUCCGUGAGCGGUACAAGGACGACAUGCAGGCCGUCGUCAACACCAUCUUCUCGCACAACCAAGUCUCCAAGAAGAACUUACUGGUGACGUUGUUGAUCGAUCACUUGUGGUCCAAUGAGCCUGGGCUAACAGACGAACUGGCGGCGACCCUCAACGAGUUGACAUCACUUCAUCGCGCCGAACACAGCCGCGUCGCACUCAGAGCUCGACAGGUUCUAAUCGCAGCGCACCAGCCGGCGUACGAGCUACGACACAACCAGAUGGAGUCCAUCUUCCUGUCUGCCGUGGACAUGUACGGACACGACUUCCACCCGGAGAACCUUCAGAAACUCAUCCUAUCGGAGACGUCCAUAUUCGACAUACUACACGACUUCUUCUACCAUACCAACUCGGCUGUUUGCAACGCGGCGCUGGAGGUGUACGUGCGUCGUGCGUACACGUCGUACGACAUCGCGUGUCUGCAGCACCUCGCGUUAUCCGGCGAGCUGCCAGUCGUACACUUCCAAUUCGUUCUGCCCACCGGACAUCCCAAUAGGAUACCAAUCAGCCAAUCCGAGAUCGAGUUAGCAUCAGCGGCGGAUCAGGAGGGCGUGCCCGCGGAGCUAUCAGCUGCGGCGAUGCGCAAGUGCCACCACCGUACGGGCGCGCUAGCCGCGUUCGCCAGCUUCGAACAAUUCGCGGAAUAUGCUGAUGAGAUGUUGGACCUGGUGCAUGACUUUGCGAGCACCGCUUCGGUGCGACGCGAGGAUCUACAAGCGCUUCAGGAUGGCAGUGAGAGUCGCGACAGCACCAGCAUAAACGUCGGUCACGAUUACAAACAGAAUGUUGAUGAGGAUGUGCCUCUGGAGCCGAUCCACAUUUUGAUGGUGGGUGUUCGCGACUCCGGCGACACGGAUGACGCGGCGGUGUCGCGCCGACUUGCGGCGUUCUGUCGCGCGCACGCUCGAGAUCUACACAACAAGCGGAUACGACGCAUUACGUUCAUGUUGCUGGUCAAGCGUCAAUUCCCCAAGUUCUUCACGUACCGCGCCCGCAACGAUUUCCGCGAGGACACGAUAUACCGCCACUUGGAGCCGGCGUCGGCGUUCCAGCUGGAGCUGUACAGGAUGAGGAGCUACGACCUAGAAGCUCUGCCCACCAGCAACCAGAAGAUGCAUUUGUAUCUCGGAAAGGCUAAGGUCAAAAAGGGACAAGAAGUGACAGAUUACCGAUUCUUCAUAAGAUCAAUCAUCAGGCACCAGGAUCUUAUUACGAAAGAAGCCAGUUUUGAAUACUUACAGAAUGAGGGAGAAAGGGUGCUACUAGAGGCUAUGGACGAGUUGGAGGUGGCGUUCUCGCACCAUCUCGCUAAGAGAACUGACUGCAACCACAUCUUCCUCAACUUCGGACCAACGGUUAUCAUGGAUACAGCUAAGAUUGAAGAGUCUGUCCUCGGUAUGGUGAUGCGGUACGGACCGAGGCUGUGGAAACUCAGAGUGUUGCAGGCUGAGAUCAGAUUCACUUUGAGAAUAGGUCCCGGAGCGCCGACCAAGAACGUUCGGCUCUGCCUGUCUAACGGCUCGGGCUACUCGCUCGACAUCUACACAUACGAGGAGGUCAUCGACCCGAGGACAGGAGUUAUAAUAUUCCAAUCGUACGGAACCAGGCAAGGCCCGAUGCACGGUCUGCCGGUAUCCACGCCCUACGUCACUAAAAACUACCUGCAGCAGAAGAGGUUCUUGGCGACGUCUCAAGGCACGACGUACGUGUACGACAUCCCCGACAUGUUCCGUCAGAUGGUCGAGAAGAGGUGGAAGGACUGCAUCGAGGAGGGUUCCGUUGAUGGUCCAAUGCCAGACAACGUGAUGAACUCCGUCGAGUUAGUAGUCGAAAGCGACGGUGAGCGACGUCUAGUGGAAGUGACACGGCUGCCCGGACAGAACACAGUCGGCAUGGUCGCCUGGAGACUGAUGCUCUAUACACCUGAGUGCCCCAACGGACGAGAGAUUGUCCUCAUAGCUAACGACCUGACGCACUAUACUGGGUCAUUCGGCCCGCAGGAGGACUGGCUGUACUACAGAGCGUCCGAACACGCCAGACAUAGGAAGAUACCCAGGCUAUUCAUCGGCGUGAACUCCGGCGCCCGUAUCGGUCUGGCUGAGGAAGUAAAGGCGGAGUUCCGUGCGGCAUGGGUGGAGGCGGAGCGUCCGGACCGCGGCUUCAGCUACCUGUACCUCACGCCCGAGGCCUACUCGCGACUCGGCCCGCUCGGCUCCGUCAAGGCCGAGCUCAUUGAGGACGAGGGCGAGUCCAGAUACCGCAUUACCGAUAUUAUAGGCAAAGACGACGGUAUCGGCGUGGAGUGUUUACGCGACGCCGGCCUCAUUGCGGGCGAGACGGCUCAGGCGUACGAGGACAUUGUCACCAUCUCCGUGUGCACAUGUCGCGCCAUCGGCAUCGGCGCUUACAUCCUACGGCUCGGGCACCGUGUCAUCCAAGUGGAAUCCUCCUACAUCAUCCUCACAGGCUACAUGGCGUUGAACAAGGUGCUCGGUCGCGCGGUGUACGCGUCCAACAACCAGCUCGGUGGAGUACAGAUUAUGCACAAUAACGGCGUGUCGCACGCUGUAGUGCCGACCGAUCUGCAGGCUGUGGCGACUGCGCUGAAGUGGCUGUCGUAUGUGCCUAAGGAUAAAAUGAGCAUGGUGCCGCUAAUGCGUAGUGUGGAUCCCAUCGACCGUCCUGUACAAUGGUGUCCCCCGCGCGGACCGUACGACCCGCGCCUGCUGCUCACGGGUGACGGCGCGCGCGCAGGAUUCUUCGACUUCGGCUCCUUCGAUGAGAUCAUGCAGCCCUGGGCACAGACUGUUGUCACAGGUCGGGCUCGGCUAGGUGGUAUACCUGUGGGUGUGAUCGCCGUGGAGACGCGCACAGUGGAGCUGACGUUACCUGCCGACCCCGCCAACCUCGACUCCGAGAGCAAGACCGUACAGCAGGCGGGACAGGUAUGGUUCCCGGACUCCGCGUACAAGACGUCGCAGGCGAUUCACGACUUCUCCCGCGAGAAUCUGCCGAUUAUCAUAUUCGCUAACUGGCGAGGAUUCAGCGGUGGGCAGAAAGACAUGUACGAACAAAUCCUGAAGUUCGGUGCGGAGAUUGUCCGAGCGCUGCGCGGCGCGACCGCGCCCGUGCUCGUGUACAUCCCGCCCGGCGGCGAACUGCGCGGCGGCGCGUGGGCGGUCGUCGAUCCCAGCGUCAACAACCUGCGCAUGGAGAUGUACGCCGAUAAUGACGCCAGAGGUGGUAUCCUGGAGGCGGAGGGUGCUGUGGAGGUGAAGUACAAGCAGCGCGACAUCCUCAAGACUAUGCACCGCCUCGACCCCGAGCUGCUGCGGCUGAGCGCGAGGGUCAACGAAUUGAAGGAACAGAUCAAGGAGCUGUCGAAGAACUUGGACAGGAGAGGUUCUAUAGAUGACGUGCUCGUCAAGACAGAAGAAGGUAGACAAGCCGAGAGUAAAGUGCGUGAAUUAGACAGCGAACUGCUUGCCCUAGAUAAGAGUAUCAAAGCGAGGGAAAAGGAACUAUCGCCCAUAUAUCACCAGAUCGCCGUCCAGUUUGUUGAGUUACACGACACCGCCGAGAGAAUGUUAGAAAAGGGUUGCAUAUUUGACAUCGUCCCGUGGCGCGAAUCUCGGCGCAUCCUCCACUGGCGGCUGCGGCGUUUGUUGCGUCAGAACGCACAGGAGCGGCGCGUGCAGGCCGCCAGCGGGCCCACCACCGACCAGCGCGCCGCCGCCGCCACGCUACGCCGCUGGUUCACAGAGGACCGCGGCGAGACGCAGUCUCACCAGUGGGAGCACGACAACGAGGCGGUGUGCCGGUGGCUGGAGGCGCAGGAGGGCGACGCGGAGUCCGUGCUGGAGCGGAACCUGCGCGCCAUGCGCGACGACGCCUUGCUAGACUCCAUCAACCGCCUCGUCAUGGAAUUGAGUCCAUCCCAGCGUGCGGAGCUCACUAGGAAACUCACUGCCAUAGAUAUGAACUCGGAUUUUAGCAGUUAAUUACAGGAGCAUGCUUAGUCAAUACGAUGUUAUUUAUUCAAGAGGCCGUUUAUACUGUGUUGAGUGAUUGUGUGCGUUGUCUAGCUGCGGUGUUUCAUUUCAUAUAAUAGCAAUCGACAUUAAACUAUAGAAACAUGAAUUUCUAUAAACUAAUAAUCAUGAGACUUUACAAAAGUAUGGUUUACAUGAUUAUCAAAGGAAAUGCUAAAAAUGUAUUUACAAAUUUAAAUUUUAUUAAAAGAAGCUUUGAAAAAGCUCGCUUCACCGAUUGUUGUGAAUAUAUUUUUGUGACGUGUGACGUCAUCGCUUUAUUUAUACAUUCCUCUUUUAUCGGGCCAUGCUAUGACAAUUUGUUGUUUCAUUUCUUAAGUCUAAAUUAUAUACAAUUCAAAUAUUAUUUAUUAUAUAUAAAUUACACAUUGAUGGGUUGUAAA